AUGACUCCACACCAACAGGGCGCAGGUUCGUUCCAAAACUUCACCACGCAGCAGAAUGUAUCCUCUAUCCGAGAGGCCAUCAAGACAGAGCUCGAAAACAAAGUGACCUAUAACGAUGCUCGUGUGUUUACUGCGAUCCAUAAGGAUCUGGCGGACAAUCAUCACAUCGAGAGAUGCUACCUGAAUUUUCAAGAAGCCAACAGCGUUCAAUCCGCAAUACACUGUCUGCAGACGCUGGAGGCUCAGACCAAGACCGCCCCCAACAUUGAUAUCGAGUCGCACUUGAAGAGAGACGAGAAAGCGAUGUAUCCUCACCUAGCUGUCAUAUUUGAUUUCAUCCGAAACUUUUUUGCAGAUAUCCCGGCUCCUACGAAAUUACAGAAACCACGGGAGUUUCGCGUUUCGACUGGUCCGCUUACGGAUGGUGGUCACACUCUCGGAUUUCCCAAGAUCAACCCUGACUUUGUUGUGAUAGGCUCAGAGGUAGGGAAUCGCAAGGGUCUAUGGCGAGACAUCAGUGCAUUUGUCGAAAUCAAACCUACAAAGGCGCAAGGACCCAGGACAGAGAAGACAAAAGAUACGACUAUAAAACCCAUCGUCACGCAGGCAGCAGAUUAUGCUCGUCUCUUUGUUUCUGCUCGGCCAUUCAUGCUAUUUUCAGUUGGGCUUCUGAUCUUCGGCUCUGGAUUCUGCGUUGCGAUCUUUGACCGCGACGGAAUCACCUUUUCCCCCCAAUUGGACAUGUGGGAAGAUACCAAAGAUUUCAUCCGUGUUAUUCAUGCCCUCUCCUGCCAGUUGACCGAUGCAGAGCUUGGGCAGGAUCCAACGGUCUACGAACUAGAUCGCUCAACCGCCAAGCGGCUUAUUGGAGCGCAAGAUAGCUCAUUUUAUCCAUCAUACAUUAUCAAACCUAUUGCUGAAGACACCCAACAACGAUUCUGGUGCACGAUCGGAAGUCCACUUUGGAGCUCGCUUUCUCUAUUAGGUCGAGGAUCGAUUGUUUGGAAAGUACGCGAGUACGAUACGAUGUCGGAGCAGUUCACUGGUUUCGCCAUGAUCCUGAAGACGAUGUGGCGCAGCAGCACUCGGGACUCUGAAGCAUCUAUCUACGAGACUGUGGUCGGCAUCCAUCCCGGUGUAGCGCGCUAUCUCAUAGGUGGAGACGUGCGAGAUCCACGUCCAGACCUUCGGAGGCCCCGAGCCACUCAUGAUCGCAAUCUCUUGCAACAAGAUAUCAUAACAGUACGUCACUUGCGUGGCGAAAUCUUCGAUGCUUUUGUUCCGACUCCCGUUCUACAUCGCUUGAUUGUGAGCACUUUAGGCCGUCCCCUUUGGGAGUACUCUUCGGACUUGGAGUUGAUGAAGGGCAUGCGUGCAGCGCUCGAAGGUCAUCAAUUUUUGUAUAAGCAGGGCAUUCUUCACCGCGACAUCAGCGCUGGGAAUAUUCUCCUUGCUGCAGAUCCUACCAGUGUGCCGGCAGGGCAUGAAGGUUUCAUUACCGACUUAGAGUUCGCUUGGCUUGAAACGGUCUUCAAGCCGACGACGGAGACUGAACCUGCGUCUCUGGUGAUCGGAGGUGGGGAGAUAUUCGCAAAUACGCUCAUCACAUCUGCGGAGAGGAAGCGAACCACUUUUCACGAGCAGGCUAAACGCGGAGGGACAAUCACAGGCACUUUGCAGUUCAUGGCGAUAGAACUUCUCUCAGCCAUGGGCAAAGGAAAGGGGCACGAGAUCAAGCAUGCCCACCACCAUGACAUUGAAUCGUUCAUAUGGGUCAUCGCAUACAGCGUCCUAAGGAAGCUCGUGUUCAACAAUAUCGCUACACAGGCAGAAAUGACGGCAUUGAAGAGCUAUUUUCGCCGCUCGUUCGGUGGACUGACUGCGAAUGCCAUCAUGGAUAACAGAACGAAUGCCUUGCCGUUCGCCUUCACAUCGGAUAGUCUAUUGGCAACACGAUUCGUCCCACGCACGAUGUCCGGCCAUCUUUCAUUCUUCAUCGCCGAGCUACGUGCAUACGUGCUGAGACAUCUUCCUAUCCCUACCCCCCCGAAAGAGUACCGACACUCGAGUAUGAAGCUUAUUGUGAUGGAUCCCGCUACUCCGCCAUACACUUAUGAGUGGCUCCGAUCUGCAUUCACUGAUGUGAUCGAUGGAUUGAGCGCGCAGGAGUACAUGCAAUAA